GCGGCUAUCUCCAGAUUCCCUUUCUGUGUGUCUGUGGCGGCGUUCACUGGUCUCCGAAUGCGAUCUCGUUGAGGAGAGAAGUCCACUCUUAUUCUUCUUCUCCUUCUUCUUCUCCUUCUUCUUCGUCUCACUCCAAAAUCCAGCUUCUCAGAGAGAGGUCUCCGAAGCUUUUCCAUACAAACGAAGAUGUCAGGGAAAGGUGCCAAGGGUUUGAUAAUGGGGAAGACUCCUAGCAAAGACAAAGACAAAGACAAGGACAAGAAGAAACCCAUCUCUCGCUCCUCCCGAGCUGGCCUGCAGUUUCCAGUUGGUCGGAUCCAUCGUUUGCUGAAAACAAGGUCCACAGCACACGGGAGAGUGGGGGCCACAGCUGCUGUCUACACAGCAGCUAUCUUGGAGUAUUUGACUGCCGAGGUGUUGGAGUUAGCGGGCAACGCAAGCAAGGAUCUCAAGGUGAAACGUAUCACUCCCCGACACUUGCAGCUUGCAAUCCGAGGAGAUGAAGAACUUGACACCCUCAUCAAAGGAACCAUAGCCGGUGGAGGUGUGAUUCCUCAUAUCCACAAGUCACUCAUCAACAAAUCAUCCAAGGAAUAGAGAUAAUGAAGGGACUGUGGUAUAACUUCCUUUGCCUAUCUUCUCUCUCCCGACAAGUUCUGUACUCCUAUGAUUAAAAUGGUGGAUUUGUUUUUGCUUUAUGAAUCCGUGCAUUUGUGUAACUAAAAUUGUCUACUGUAUUAGAUCUAGAUAGGUUAUCUAUUGGAAUUGACCGAGGAUGUGUAUGCUAAAUAACCUUUAACUAGGCUUUCAUUUUAGAAAUGUUUUUAUGGAUUAGCAUGAAACAUUGUUCAUUAUGGAAUAUUUAGAUUUGGGCA